AUGUUAUUUAAAUCUAUUGUUUUUUCAUCAGCUUUAUUAGCUCAAGUUUUAGCUGUUCCAGCUUUACAUCAACAUCAUCAACAUAAAAAUGAAAAAAGAGCAGUUCAUGUUGUUACUAAAACUAACGUUGUUGUUGUAACUGUUGGUGCUGGUGAUGCUACUACCACCAUCAAACCAGUUUCAAUUUCAUCAGCUACUGAAGUUGGUGAAGUUAGUGCUGUUACUGAAGCUCCUCAAAAUGCUCCAACUACUACUAUUGAAGCUAAUACUGAAGUUGCCUCAACUAGUAGUUCAUCACAAGCUCCAGCUCCACAAUCAACUUCUGGUUCAUCAUCAUCAGUUGGUUCAGGUGGUGCUAAAGGUGUUACUUAUACUCCUUAUUCAGAUAAUGGUGGAUGUAAAUCAAGCUCACAAAUUGCUUCAGAAGUUGCUCAAUUAUCAGGUUUUGAUAUUAUUAGAUUAUAUGGAGUUGAUUGUGAUCAAGUUGCUCAAGUUUUAAAAUCAAAAUCAUCAAAUCAAAAAGUUUUUGCAGGUAUUUUUGAUGUUUCUCAAAUUUCUCAAGGUGUUUCAACUAUUGCUGAUGCUGUAAAAGCUCAUGGUUCAUGGUCAGAUAUUCAUACUGUUUCAAUUGGUAAUGAAUUAGUUAAUUCAGGUCAAUGUUCACCAAGUCAAAUUCAAUCUUAUGUUCAACAAGGUAAAUCAGCUUUAUCAUCAGCUGGUUAUUCAGGUCCAGUUGUUUCAGUUGAUACUUUUAUUGCUGUUAUUAAUAAUCCAUCAUUAUGUCAAUAUUCAGAUUAUGUUGCAGUUAAUGCUCAUGCUUUCUUUGAUGGUCAUAUUGCUGCUGAACAAGCUGGUGAUUGGGUAUUACAACAAAUUCAAAGAGUUUGGUCUGCAUGUGGUGGGUCCAAAAAUGUUUUAAUUACUGAAACUGGUUGGCCAUCAAGAGGUGAUUCUAAUGGAGUUGCUGUUCCAUCAAAACAAAAUCAAGAAAGUGCUGUUUCAUCAAUUAAAUCAAGUUGUGGUUCAUCAGCUAUUUUAUUUACUGCUUUUAAUGAUUUAUGGAAAGCUGAUGGUCCUUACAAUGCUGAAAAAUAUUGGGGUUUCUUAUCUAAUUAA